GAGAGAGCGAGAGGGAGAGCGAGAGGGAGAGCGCUACAAGUUAAGAAGGGACUCAGAGUGGGGGGUCCCUCGUGCAAGUCUGUAUCGUCGUUAUUGUCGAAAUUUGGCGGAGCCCUCGCCAGGAUUAAUAAUCCGAGGUUUCUGAUAUGGCGUCAAGACCCGUUGUUGAACAUAAUAACAUGGAAGCAGUCGCAGGUGAGGCGGUUGCUGCCGGCGGGAAGCAGAAGAAAAACGCCGAUGCCCAAGGAAGAAACCGCCGGGCUCUCGGCGAUAUCGGCAACCUUGUCCCUACUGUUCGAGGAAUCGAUGCCAAACAGAUCUCCCGCCCCGUCACAAGGAGUUUCUGCGCCCAGUUACUUGCGAAUGCACAAGCUGCCGCGGCAGCUGAAAACAAGAAGUUGCAGAAAGGUGUCCCAGAUGGAGCCAUUGUUGCUCAACCAGCCGACGCCGGAAAAGGAGUUGCCGUGACGAAGGCGGUACAGAGGAAAGUCGCCGUCAAGCCGAAACCCGAAACCGUGAUUGAGAUAAGUCCAGACGCUGAAGAAGAUGCCAAGAAGGAAAAGCGUGCGAACAAGAAAAGGCCAGAGCAAGGUGGAGCGUCUGACAGAAAGAAGGCCCAGUCUCUUACUUCAGUCCUUACUGCUCGAAGCAAGGCUGCUUGCGGGUUAGCUGAGAAGGCAAAGCAGCAGGUUGUGGACAUUGAUGCUGCGGAUGUGGAUAACGAUUUGGCCGCCGUUGAAUACGUUGAAGAUAUAUACAAGUUCUACAAGCUGGCAGAGAAUGAGAGCAGAGUCCACGAUUACAUGGACUCACAACCGGAGAUCAACGAGAGAAUGAGAUCCAUUCUGGUGGAUUGGCUGAUAGAAGUUCACCUCAAGUUCGAGCUGAUGCCGGAGACUCUGUAUCUGACCGCAAACAUCGUUGAUCGGUACCUUGCUUCGACGACGGUGCGGAGGCGGGAGCUGCAGCUUCUGGGCAUGGCCGCCAUGCUCAUCGCCUCCAAAUACGAGGAAAUCUGGGCCCCGGAAGUGAACGAUUUCGUCUGCAUCUCCGACAGAGCUUACACCAACGAACAGGUGUUGGUAAUGGAGAAAAGCAUCCUGGGAAGUCUCGAAUGGAACCUCACUGUCCCCACGCCUUACGUCUUCCUCGCCCGCUUCAUCAAGGCCUCGGUCCCCGACCAAGACGUUGAAAACAUGGCGUAUUUUCUGGGGGAGUUGGGGAUUAUGGGCUACGACGCCAUAAUCUUCUGCCCGUCGAUGCUGGCCGCCUCGGCCGUGUACGCCGCUCGGUGCACCCUCAGCAAGAGCCCCCUCUGGAACGAGACGCUGAAGCUGCACACUGGCUUCUCAGAGCCACAGCUGAUGGACUGUGCCAAGCUUCUGGUUGGUUUCCACUCGGGAGCAGCAGAAAGCAAGCUCAAGGCCAUCUAUAGGAAGUACUCGAAGCCUGAGAAGGGCAGCGUUGCAUUGCUGCCACCGGCCAAAGCUUUGUUGGCCGCCACCACAUCAUGAACAAACUCUUGUUUCUUCAUCUUAAUGUAUUUUUUGCGUCAUUGAGAAAUCCAUUGACCAAGAUGUCGCUGACUGUUCAAA